GCAAUUGCCCUCGUAAGCUGCUAAGCAACGCAACCAAACAAGUUCUAGAAACCACACACAGAGAGGGAGAAGGAAACAGCAGCAUGGCGGCAACAGUGUCUGCUUGGGCCAAACCCGGCGCGUGGGCUUUAGACGCCGAAGAGCAAGAAGCCGAAGUCCGACAACAACAGAAACAGACAACCGAUGUUCUCGGCGAGCAACUCGCCGAUUUUCCUUCCCUAGCGGCUGCUUCCGCCACCAAGGCCAAGAAGAAGAAGAAGCCCCAGACCCUCUCCAUCGCUGAGUUCUCUGCUUACACCUCGGCUCAGCCGACCCAGCCUAAGGGGCUCACUCACGAGGAUCUCCUCAACCUCCCCACUGGCCCUCGCGAGCGAACCGCUGAGGAGUUGGACCGGAAUAGGCUUGGCGGCGGCUUCAAAUCUUAUGGAGGCAAUAACCGGUACAGUUCCAAUUCCAACAGUGAUGAGUCUCGAUGGGGCUCGACUAGGGAUCCUGAUGAGACUAGGAGACACGGGAGUUUCGGUAGGGACGCCAGUAGAGAAUCUGCGCCGUCACGGGCUGAUGAGAUCGACGAUUGGUCUGCAACGAAGAAAUCAAUGCCUGGGAAUGGCUUUGAGAGAAGUGAGAGGAGAGAUAGAGGCGGUUUCUUUGGUUCCCAAUCGAAAGCGGACGAAUCAGAUAGCUGGUUUGCCAAUAAGCGCGAGCCACGGGGGUUCGGUUCUAAUGGCGGUGGAUUUGAGAGGAGAGGGAGUUUCGAUUCGCUGUCGAGGGAUAGAGGGGAUAGGCAAGUCUCGAACGGGAGUGGCGGUGAUGAUUGGGGGCGGAAGAAGGAGGAUAGCGAUGGUGGUGUGGCAAGGCCUAGGCUUGUCUUGCAGCCGAGAACUCUGCCUGUGAUUGAUGAUGCUGCAGUUGCAGCGGCUGUGGCCAAGCCCAAGACAGCGAGCCCAUUCGGUGAAGCGAGGCCCAGAGAAGAGGUUUUGGCCGAGAAAGGGAAGGACUGGAAGGAGAUUGAUGAAAAGCUUGAAUCUUUGAAAGUGAAUAAUAAGGAGACAAUGACAGAGAGGAAGGAGGGGUCGUUUGGUAGGAGUUUCGGGAGUGGAUCCAGUUUAGCUGAUGCUCGGGCAGAGAAGAGCUGGAGGAAGAGUGAUUCUGUUGAUUCGGAUUCUCGACCUCAGAGUGCGGAGAAGAGCGAUGAUGGAAGUGCAGUCGAAAAUGGAACUGAAGAUGCUGAACAUACCGAAAAUUGAGGAUUCAUUCAUAUGGAAGUUGAGGGUCGUCGACAAGGGAGAGAAUUUUGAACUUACUAUUUAAGUGUUGGAUUAUUGAGGCCUUUUGUUUUGUUUGUUUUAUUAUUGUUUUUGGGGGAUGGAGUAUUCUGUGGAACAACAAUGGGGACAGUUUUGGUAGGGUUGUAAACAAUUAAACACUAGCAUGGCCUUUGGGGCAUUGUUUGUAGGUGCGCUACCAUUCCUACUCUUCUGUUUUACUAUUUUAUCGAAUUUUGUUCUCCUGACCUCUGAGUGUGGGUUUUAAUUGUUUAAAUCCAUGAUCAAAUAAUUCAAUAGA